UACUAUUUGGCAAGUACAUGCCCGUCUGAUCAGCCGUUGACUCAGACUACGAGUCGCCGAUGAGAAUGGUGGCGACUCAUAGCGAAGACUUUAUAAUUAAUCAAAGUAACUUGAACCAUUGACAAAAGUUUGUCAAUAGAUUGCCUGGCACUAUCCAACAGUGCUGUUGGAAGACAAGAAGAGAGAAACUUUGCGGUAAUGCAGAUAGGUUAAGAGAGACCGUUAUCACCAACUUACCAAAGGUUUGAGUCUUGACUGACUCGUUACCUCAAAGAGACGGUCUUUACGGAAUCUCGCCCAACUCGAAUAUAACACAGCAACAACAACAGAUGACAUAUAUCAAGGACACAUUGAUUUUUUAAUUUAGCACUUGAUAAAGUGCAUUUUGCUUAAAAAGAAGCAUCAAACAGAUUAUAGUGAGGUUAGUUUGCUUAUUUCGUUAAUUACGUUCGCGAAAUUAUGAUAGUCACGAAUCUCUCACGCUUUUUUAAGCAAAGCAAAAUACUUACUCUGACAAGUAAAAUCACCUCGACGAUUUAUGAUUGUCCAGUAGUCCAAAUGUCGAAUUCAGGCAAAAUGAGCAAGCCUAAAGUUUUGAUCACAAGGCCGGACAUACCAGCAACCGGCUUAAAUAUGCUACGUGAACGGUGUCAAAUUGUACUAUGGGAGAAAGCCGAGCCAAUACCGCGGUCGGAAUUAUUAUCUAGGAUACGUGGGGUAGAUGCCAUAUACUGUGUUCUAACAGAUAAAAUAGAUGAUGAGGUUCUUGAGGCUGCAGGUCCUCAAUUGCAAGUUGUAGCAUCUAUGUCAGUAGGUAUCGAUCACCUGGAUCUGAAAGCGUUGAAGAGAAAGGGAAUUAGAGUUGGUUACACCCCAGGUGUCCUGACAGAUGCUACAGCAGAGCUGAUUGUAGCUCUCUUAUUAGCGACUUCGAGGAGACUACUGGAAGCAAAUAGGGCAAUUUACAAAGGCGAAUGGAAAGCCUGGUCGCCGACAUGGAUGUGCGGUCCAGGACUGUCAGGCUCAACUGUGGGUAUUGUCGGUCUGGGUAGGAUUGGUCUGCGAGUCGGCGAGUUCCUCAAAAGUUUCAACGUCGCUAGAUUAUUGUACACGAGCAGAACAGCCAAGCCGGAAGCGUCGAAAUUUUGCGGCGAAAGAGUAGAGUUGAACGAUUUACUCCGUGACAGUGAUUUUGUCGUUGUGACGACAGCGCUGACACCUGAAACGAGACACAUAUUCAACGCCGAGGCCUUUGAGCGAAUGAAGAGUACAGCCGUAUUCGUGAACGGAAGUCGCGGAGAGGUAGUGGAUCAAGCAGCAUUGAUAGACGCCUUAAAAAAUAGAACAAUUGCGGCCGCUGGUUUAGAUGUCACGACACCUGAGCCGAUACCUCUAGAUAGCGAACUCCUGCAACUGGAUAACUGUGUGGUUUUGCCUCAUAUAGGAAGCGCCACCAUGGAAAGUAGAGAAGAAAUGUCUAGAAUUACAGCAAACAAUAUUUUGGCUGUCCUAAGUGGAACACCCGAAGCUAUGCCUGCACAAUUUAAACUAUAAAUAGACUAAGCUUUUGACACAAUGGUGAAUGCACUGGAUGAGUCAUUCAUCAGUAAUACUUGAAUGUUUUUCCUGGACUUAAAAAUAUUUGUGUAUACAUAGCAUAUAGUCUGUAUGGUAAACUAAAAGUGACAAAUCAUGAUUUAUUUUUUUUUAAUAGUGUAGACGAUAUAUUCAUAUAUAAAUAUAUUUGUUACUAUA